AUGACGACCCUUUUUACUGUUCCAAUUUCCUCUACUGGCGGAAGCUUCGUCUGCUCCAACCCCACAGCCUCGGAGAAGGAGAAGAAUAUUUACCUACUCACAUUUACAUCCCCGAAGGAUAACAGACUUACCCCGACAUUCAUAGAUGCCUUUAUACUUGCAUUGGAUAUUAUCGAGCACAGAUACCCCAAGGGAGUGGUGAUUACCACCAGUGGCAUUCCCAAGUUCUAUAGCAAUGGAUUAGAUCUCGAGCUUGCUCUCAGCACGGAGGGCUUCUUGGACAAGUGGUUGUGGAAACUGUUCCGCCGAUUCCUGACAUUUCCCAUGCCUACUAUUUGCCUCUUGAACGGACACGCUUUUGCUGGCGGCCUCAUGCUGGCCAUGUAUCAUGACUAUCGAAUCCAGAACCCCUCCAAGGGCCUUCUCUGCAUCAACGAAUUGGAAUUUGGAGUCCCGCUCCAAUCGCCCAUGAUGAGCAUCUUCCGAGAGAAGUUGACGCCCUCUUCUUUUCGGGACCUUAUCCUCGAAGCUAAACGGUUUGGAGGUCCUGAGUCCGUCAAGGCCGGUCUUGUAGAUGGUGUGGGCGGGCUGGAAGAGGUUUUGACGCUUAUCCGGGAGCGUGGGCUGCAGAAGAAAGCGGCCACUGGUAUUUAUGGGACCAUGAAAGAGGAAAUGUACCGUCAUUCGCUGGAUAUCCUGGAUGGCCAUACUGCCAAUCUGGCUUGGAGGGAACAGUUGGAGGACAAGAAGGACCAGGCGCAAAGGGAUGGUCUGAAAGCUGUCGAGGCGUUUGAGAAGCAGAGGAAUGCGAAGCUUUGA